AAGUCCCACUUGCUAGGUGUAGUAAAUAUUUAGUUGCGCGGUCAGUCACCCCUCAACACGUCAUAGACAUCGAUCUGUACAUCUACUCGCCGGGUUACCCUGUGGGGAACCGCUUCCGGGGGUGACGGAUUCGAAGAAAGACAAUAAAAAUGCGUACGUGAAGAAGAUGCAGAAAAAGGAAGACUCGUUCGAGCAUAAACGCUUAGAGUUGGAGUCAUGGCUCCAUCGGAUGGAGAAGAAACUCGGCGGUAUGCUCCCCGUGGGGCACACCGCCGAUGUACUCGAAGUCCAACUCAGAGAGCAAAAGGGCUUCCACGCAGAACUACAUCAAUUCAAAAUGCAAAUUGAAGCUUUUCAACAGUUUGCCCAACGAUUAAUUACUUUACAUCAACAUGAAGACACUAGUCAUUAUAAAAAGGUUAUGGAACAUAUAAAGCAACAUUAUGAUCGAUUGGAUGCUUGUGUUAUUAAUCGUGGGAAACUUUUACAUGCUUCAUUAAGUAAUUUACAAAAUUUGGAUCGUUCGUUGGAUAAAUUUUUGGCUUGGCUCAGCGAGGCUGAAUCUGUAUUAGAAACUUUGGAGGGGGACGUCGAAUCUCGUCGAGCUACCCACCAGCUAAAAGAAUUACAAGGCGACAUUGAUAGACAGUCUGCUACACAUACUGCCUUAAGAAAUUCCAGCCUGGCUCUUUUGGGUACUUUAGCACCUGAAGAUGCUCUUAUGUUACAACUUAGAGGUGAUGAAAUGGAAAGAAGAUGGCAAGCUCUCCGUACACGCACAUUGGAUCUCAGGAAUCGUUUGGAACAUAACGCCGAUUAUUGGAACGCUUUAUUAUUAUCUUUGCGAGAAUUAACCGAAUGGGUUAUUCGUAAAGAUACCGAAUUGGGUUUGGCAGCCCGACAAGAUGAUCACCGGGCGUUUAGGCAACAAUUGGAGGAUAAAAGACCGUUGGUGGAAGCGAGUUUAAGGAACGCACGCCAAUUUGUUGCCAGCGAACCUUCUGGGGAACUCGCCCGAAAUUUACGACGAGAAUUGGUGAAAUUAUCCGACAAAUGGAAUGCUUUAAUCGAUAGAUCUGAUCAAUUGGCAGCGAGGUUUGAAGCCAACGCUGCUGUAAGUAACGUUGUUAACGAGAAUAAUACGAAAUUAGCCCAAUUAACAUUAAAUUUAGAAGAAGCUGUAUCUGCAGUCGCUCGUUUAGAGCGUGCGACACUAUCGUGGAGUGGUCCUAGAAGCGCAGCUGAAGCAAGAGAACUUCUUUCAAGUCUUAGAAAUUUAGAGCAACAACUCCCACAACUUCAUAGGCUUUUAGAAGAAGCUCGGAAUCAAGCGGCCAUGUUAGGCGGGGCUUUACCGCAAACCUCGGCUACUCAAUUAGAAGAUUGCGCGGCUAGAUAUCGCGCCCUUCAAAAUGCAAUACACGAACGACGCGAAGUAUUAACUUCGAGUUGUCAAGGGGAAAUUUCUCCGGGACCUUCAAGUGUGCAACCGCCUUGGGAACGUGCAACAACCCCAAAUAAAGUACCUUAUUAUAUUAAUCAUAGCAUGGAAACGACGCAUUGGGAUCAUCCCCAAAUGAUCGAAUUGGCAGCGUGUUUGUUGCAGUUAAAUGAAGUCAGGUUUUCCGCGUAUAGAACCGCGUUGAAAUUGAGAGCGUUACAAAAAAAGUUAUGUUUGGAUUUGGUGACGUUAAAUGUAGCAUCUGAAGCGUUUGAUUUGCACGGUUUGCGCGGACAAAACGAUAAGAUUUUAGAUGUAGCGGAUAUGAUGUUAGUUUUAAGAGGGAUUUAUACGAAUGUUUCUACUGAGUAUCCAAAUUUAGUGGACGUGCCCCUUUGCGUAGAUAUGGCUUUAAAUUGGUUAUUAAACGUGUAUGAUAGUCAAAGAACGGGGCAGUUACGCGUACUUAGCUUUAAAGUUGGAUUAACGAUUUUAUCAAAAGGACAUUUAGAAGAUAAAUAUCGGUACUUGUUUCGAUUAAUAGCCGACCCCCAACAAAAAGCGGAUCAACGUAAACUCGGUUUGUUAUUGCAUGACGUUUUGCAAGUACCAAGACAAUUAGGCGAAGUCGCCGCGUUUGGUGGGUCGAAUAUUGAACCAAGCGUUCGGAGUUGUCUUGGUGAGCGCGAAGAUUUAGAAGUAACCCAUUUCCUCGCUUGGUUAAAACAAGAACCACAAUCAUUAGUUUGGUUACCAGUGUUGCAUCGUUUAGCCGCCGCGGAAACCGCUAAACAUCAAGCGAAAUGUAACGCUUGCAAACAAUACCCAAUAAUCGGAUUGCGAUAUCGUUGUUUGAAAUGUUUCAACUUCGAUAUGUGCCAAGCUUGCUUCUUUUCCGGCCGUUUAACGAAAGGACAUAAACUUUCCCACCCAAUGCACGAAUAUUGUGCUGCUACUACCUCCGCCGAAGACGUCCGGGAUUUCACGAAAGCCUUGAAAAACAAAUUCAAAGGAAAACGUUAUUUCUUGAAACACCCAAGAGUUGGGUAUCUCCCCGUUCGCUCAGUUCUUGAAGGAGAUGAACUUGAAAGCCCCGUAGCUUCCCCGCAACACAACGACAUGCAUUCUCGUUUAGAAAUUUACGCAAGUCGAUUGGCGGAAGUUGAACUUCGCGCUUCCUCCCCCGAAGAUGAACAUCGCUUAAUCGCCGAUUUAUGUCAAUCACUUGAAGGAGCCCCCGCAAGUCCAGGACAACUCAUGCUAGUAAUCGAUGAAGAACAACGCGCGGAAUUACAAGAUAUGAUUCGAGAGUUAGAAGCGGAAAACGCUGCGUUACGACAAGAAUAUGAGCAAUUACAAAGAGGUGCAAAUCCACAUCCGCCUCCCGCACAACACGAUGUGGUCGAAGAAGCGAAAUUGUUGCGAAAACACAAAGGACGAUUAGAAGCUAGGAUGGAGAUUUUAGAGGAUCAUAAUCGGCAGCUCGAAGCGCAAUUAAAGCGAUUAAGACAAUUGUUGGACGAUCCUACUAGUUCGACGUUACAAACUAGGAAUGUAACUGCGUCGCAAUUGAAUCAGGACACCCCCGGUAGGGUAUCGCAACCUCCUCCACCCAAUGAUCACCGCUAAUCAUAUCGUAUUUGUAAACGCUUCAAACGUAAUAGCCCAUAUCAAUUAAAUCAUAUCAUAAUAAUAAAGACAUUCUAACAAAAAAG